AUGUAUUAUCCAAUGAACAAAAAAAAAACAGAACAGUUCCAGAUUGAAACAAUCGGAUUCGAGAUUCGAUCAGUCCUUCAUCAAUUUUCAACUAUCUGGAACGUUCGAAAUACAAAUAAGUAUUUGCUCGUCGAUCAAUUAUUCUUCUUUGGAUGUUCGAUAACAUAUCAUCAAUUGCUCGUGUUUUAUCGUUUUGGUGAUAUUUCCUUCAUCAUGGUUAGUUGUGAACCAUUUCAAUCCUACAAAGUGCCACUGAAAGCGAAUGGGCAAUCGAUUAUUGAGCAUAAUCUUGUCACAAUCUACUUGAAUCUGGAAUGGUCGGAGAAUAAUAAUGAAAAUCCCAAUUUGAUUAUUCAUAUUAUCGAUAAAAAAACAUCACCAAAACCAUGUAAAAAUGAAUCAUCAAUGUCAUAUUUUCAACAAAAUCAAUCAUCAUUACUUGUUAAUUCUAUUCAUCACCAUCAUCACCACCAUCAACAGCAGCAACAGCAACAACAGCAACAACAGCAACAACAGCAACAACAACAGCAGCAGCAGCAGCAGCAACAACAACAACAACAACAAAGUUUCGGCUCUUCGUAUCAGCAACCACCACAACAACAGCAAUACUAUCACCAAUCAUCUAUGCCAAAUAAUGAACCACCGACAACAACAGCGACGUUAGCAUCAGCCGGUGAUCAUAAUGAUGUUUCAUCGACGACUACAACCGUUGUUUUCAGUGCUCUACCCGCUCAACCACUUCGUCCACCGUCGUCCGUAUCUCAUACACCGAUCCAUCAAAUCAAAGCCGAAGUAAAAACUCAACUAUCACCUAUCUAUCGACGUCAACAAACGCCAACAUCCCCAUCAGCAUGCUCAUCAACGAAUCAAUCCUAUUUAUCAUCCCAACAUGUCAUUCAAACCCCAUCAUCCGAUAUGGAGACGCAAUCAAAUCUACAAAUGGCGCCGUUAUCAAAAAGUAUCAGUUCAACAUCGUUAACGAAUCUUCCAGCAAAGCCGACAUUGAUUCAUCCAAAUGAUUUGCAACAAACUUCGUCGGUCCCUGCAUAUCCAUUGUCAAGCUCGUCAGCGUCCUCGACAGUCAAGGCUUUCGUAUGCACUUGUUCAAAAUCACAUCUUGUCCAUGAACAAUCUUGUCCAACAUUGACAUUAAUCAAACAGCAAUCGAAUGCCGCCACACUGGCAUCUCAAACUAUUAUAUGCCGGCCACCGAUCAAUCGAACGAUCGCUCAACGUGCUGCCGUGGCCUCACAAAUUCGUACAAAUCGUUCGAUUUCAAUGACACCUAUUAAAGAACAAGGCCAAACACUAUCAACAACAUUGCUACCGUUUGCAAUUCCAAAUAUGAAAACAUCUGAUUCGCCGCCAAAUAUUACAACAAUUGCGUCACAACAACAACAACAACAACAAUCAAAUUUUCCAACAAUUAAAAAACCAAUCAAUCGGCAACGAAGUAUAGGUGUAGUAAAUAAUCGACAACGGAAAAGACGUAUUGUUAAGCAAUUAAGUGUUCCAAAUGCGAUCAAUCACGAUCAAACAUCAUUUUAUAAUCAAAUUAAUUUAAAUGAAAUGAAACAACAACCGCCAUCAGCAUUUUUAAUAAAAGAAGAACGUUUGCCAUCACCUAAUCCAACAACGAAGUCGCCGUCAAUAAAAUUAGUAUCACCUUAUUCGAUUCAAACGACGAUAAGUAAUUCCGAUAUUGAUCAAACGAUAGAAGAAGUUAUUAACGGUAAAGGAGAUAUAUCGAUUAACGAAUCGUCACAUCUACAAACGAAAGUACAUCAUCCUCCUCCACCGCCGCCUUCUCAAUUACACCAGACGCCGCAGCCGUCCUCCCAACUCGUCUGGGUACAAAACGGAACAGUAACAACGAAAACAUGGUUAUCACCUUUAUAUCAAAAGCAACAAGCGCAGCAAUCGGAUUAUGAUUCGAUUGGAUCGACGUUAACUCAUCAGGAUGUGGUGAACAUCGCGCAACAAGUUGUCUUUCCUACGAAUAAUGAACAAAAUCAAAUGAACACAGUAUUGCAACCAACGUUAACGAAUAAUAGUAAAAAAAGAAAUCGAUCAAAAUCGACUACGAAUGUGACUUUAAAGCGUAAUCGCAAUCGUAAACCGCUUCUCAAUCGUCCUCAAUCAGCUGCGAUUAUAUCUCAGCAGGAAAUCGGCAAAUCAACAACCUCAUCGCCUAUCACUCCGACACUGAAUCUAAUCAAUAAACCAGUUACAUGGUCUAAUAUCCCAGCAACCUCAGGUUUUGUUACAACGACGACGACUCUUCCUCUCCCUUCGACUGCUACUAACAAUCCUUCAUUGUUAACUUCGCAUCAGCAUUUAUCAUGUUCUUUUGAGAAGAAUGAUUCGUGGCAGACCCAUUGUGUCGAGAAUGUUGAUUCAAUGCUUGAUGAGUUUCAGCUUGUUUCAAUUGACGAACAACGAAUGAAUUCCAAUCAGCAUUUUGAUUUCGAUCUAAGUACAGAUGGAUUCUCGUCGAAAACCAAUGAUCAAUUUGGUGCUUCAACCCCUCCACCACCUCUCCGAACAACUGAUAAUCCAAGGUACACACUUUCGUCAACUGAUAAACUUGUGAAUCCAUCGAUAAAUAGCUCUCGUUUAUCUACCGGUGACGUUGAUGUUUAUGAACAUUUUCUUAAUCCGUACUCGUCUUCAAUGUGGCAAGAAAAUCAAGUGACAUCUUCCGUGUCGACUCCACCUGAUUUUCAAUUAAACACAUUUUCCCUUCAUCAACAUCAACAACAACAACAACAACAACAGCAAGCACAAUUACAUCAUCAUCAAGGUCAACAACAAGCGCAACAACAACAACAACAACAAUAUUAUUCUUCUCCUCAAAUCAAUGAUGAACAUUUCAAUUCCUAUAAUUUAUCAUCGCAAGCAACGAAUAAAAAAUGA